AACCUUGUGAUUGUUCUACGAGUGUCUCACAACGAUGUCAUGCAUGGCGCACAAGUCACAUACCAAUACUCUCUGUUCUGCCGAUACACAUCGCAUGUUACUGUUGUCUGGGCGAAUUUCUGCUUUGACGAAUAUUAUUGGAGCAAUGACUCUAUUCGGAUAAUGGUCCAACUCGAGUAGACGACCUCAUGACUCUGUUGACUGACACUCGUGGGAUGGGUUUUCUCGUCUGAUACUGGAACACCGACCUGGAUAACCCUGUCUUUCGUAGGUCACGGAAACGAGAGAUCACAAUGUGAUAACACAGCUUCAAGUAUGGCCGACUUUUCAGUGAGAGAAGCUCGCGAGGACGACUGUGAUGAGAUAGUACGGUUGAUGCAGGGUUUUGCCACACACGAAGGCAACCUUCAUCUCUUGAAGACCAAUGUCAAGACUUUGAAAAGAGAUGGCUUUGGAGAGAAGAAAGUGUUCGAUUGUUUCGUGGCAGAAGAGACACAAUCAACAGGCAGAUCCCGGCUUGUUGGCUACCUGAUGUAUAUGUGGUCCUUCACCACCUUGACUGGGCGCUUCCUGUACGUGGAGGACCUGUUUGUGGAAAGGGACUUCAGAAGGAAGGGGGUCGGAUCAGCACUGUGGGCUUCUGCAAUGAAGUUAGCCCUGUCCUGGGGUUGUGGAUAUAUGCAGUGGAUGGCCAAACGAGGGAACACAAGCGGUAUCAACUUCUACAAACAAUUAGGUGCUGUGGAAACAAACACUGAUAACCUCAUGACAUUCACAUUAGACGAAGACGCCAUGACAACGGCCUGUUCAAAGAUAGUAUCAGAGUGAAGUGGUGAACUCUGAACACGUUGACCUCAUGGGGGUCAGCUAUAUGUGUUUUAUAGCAUAAUGUGGGACGAAUGAGUUAAUCAAUUUCAAGUAGUGUUGCCAUCCACAGACAGCUUUAAUUUCACCAGGCCAGUCGAACCUAUACAGAUAAUGUACCAGUAGAGGGACAAGUUAGUGCUUAUUCAAAAAGUAGGCUUCACCUUGUCAAUAUUCAAAAUGGAAAAUCUUUUCUUUCAACACUACGGGUAGAGCUGCAUAAGAAAUGAAAUGUAUAUGUUUUGUCCAAAAGACUCUGUGUCUCACGACAUUUCUUCUGGAACAUCUGCAACAUUAGUUAAAUAAGGUAACAAUAAAAUAGUAAACAGGAAUAUGCAAGCAAACGACAAAGGCUUCCAUACAACAGAUGAACACGAGGGCAAUGGAAAUACAUGUUGGAUGUUUGUACCAAUAGAAGGGUGAAGUGUUAUGCAAUUAUUUCUUCAUUGGUCAGGCCAACUUCUGAGCCUUGUAGCUAUAUUAGUUCUUUUUAAAAUCCUGGUCAACAGGCGGGAAAAAAAAGAAAAAGACAUUCCAGGUUUUCGUUCUCCAAAAGGUUCUCUGAAUAUGUUGGCAUGUGAGCAGUGUAAGUAAAGUUUGUCCCUUCAGUGUCGGAGGUUGUCAUCUUGUACGCAAAUUGGUUUUGUGAACACAUAAAUUUAACUUCAUUGGAAAUAAAACGUGCUUUUCAGGAUUAAAAUGUCAA